AUGAGUAACGGAACCGUAUUAUCCAAAAUAGAUGAAAUCAAGGUUGAUGAUUAUGAUAUUAUAAAAGAAGGGAAAGCACAAAUCUUAACUCCAAAGAAGGAUCAAGUAUUUUAUAAUCCGAUUCAACAAUUCAAUCGUGAUUUAUCCCUCAUGUCAAUCAAAGCUUUCAUUCAAUUACGUCAAGCUCAACAUGAUGAAUCUCAAGAUGAAAAAUCAUCUCCUCAAAAAAAGAUUAAAAAAUUAAAUAAAGUUAAAAUCUUAGAAGCUUUAAGUGCUACUGGUUUACGUGCCAUUAGAUAUGCUAAAGAAUUAGAUGGUGAUUAUGAUUUAAUCGUCGCUAAUGAUUUAUUACCGGAAGCUGUGAAAUCGAUCGAUAGAAAUAUUCAAUAUAAUGAAGUUACAAAGAUAAAAUCUAAUCUUGGAGAUGCUAUAAAAUAUAUGGCUCAUGCUGAUAUUAAAUUCAAUAUUAUUGAUUUAGAUCCUUAUGGAACAGCAGCACCCUUCAUUGAUAGUGCGAUUCAAUCGAUUGAAGAUGGUGGAAUGUUACUUGUGACCUGUACUGAUGCAGGAGUAUUAGCUGGAUCAGGAUAUCCUGAGAAAUGUUUUGCAUUAUAUGGAGGAAAUAAUUUUGGGAAUUCAUUUAUUAAUAAUGAAACCAAUCAUGAAGUUGGGAUAAGAUUAAUAUUGGGGAUGAUUGGGAAUAUAGCUGCUAAAUAUAAAAAAUCGAUUGAACCAAUGUUAAGUUUAUCGAUUGAUUUUUAUUUUCGAUUAUUUAUAAAAGUUAAAACCAGUCCUCUUGAAGUUAAACAAUUAUCAUCCAAGACUAUGAUAAGUUAUGGAUGUAAUGGAUGUGGACAUAAAGUGAAUCAAUAUUUCGGUAAGAUUAAAGAUGGCAAGAAAUUCCAAUAUCCAAAAUCAGUGGGACCUGGAAGUCAAUGUGAAUAUUGUCAACAUGAUUAUAAUAUUGCCGGUCCAAUGUAUGGAUCUAAAUUACAUUCAGAAGAAUUUAUUGAAAAAAUAUUAGAAAUUAAUAAUAAUAGUGAUAAGGCAAUUUAUGGAACUACAGAACGGGUUAAAGGGAUGUUAACAUUAGCCAAACAAGAAUUAGAUGAAUAUAAUCCUCCAUUUUAUUUCAAUUUAAAUCAUUUAUCAUCAUUAUUCAAAAGUCCACCGAUUUCAAUUGAUCAAUUUGUGAAAGCGAUUGGAAAUUUAAAUCAUAUUGGUAAAUCAGGAUAUCAAGUAAGUUUAACUCAUGCUAAGAAAAAUUGUGUAAAGACAGAUACUCCUUGGGAUAUUAUUCUUCGAAUUAAUAUUGAAUGGUUAAAACUUUCAAAUCAAAUCAUUUAUAAAGAAUUGAAACUGAAGGAAAGUUUAACUGAAAAGGAAACCAUUAAAUUACAAAAAUUAACUGAAGAUAUCUUCUAUAAUGGGAAUUUAAGUGAAACUUCGAUUGGGUAUAAGAUUAUUCAAUAUUUUAAUCAACAUAAAGAUCAAUAUGAAUUUAAAAUUGAUUUUGAAACAGAGAAUGAAUUAAGUCAAUCCAUAGCUAAAUUAAGAAAAGUUAAAAUGGUUAGAUAUCAAGAAAAUCCAACCAAGAAUUGGGGUCCAAAAUCUAGACCAUCAUCAAAGUAG